GCAAAUAUAUUUCUAAAGAUCAUUGCAGUAUGCCACUUUUGGCACAACCAAACGAAAUUUGAGUUCAAGUACAUCGAUAUAACGUGGAAUAGAGCUAUGAUAUCUAAGGCAAAUGUAUCCCUAUGACUUAAAUGAUCACACACCACUUUACUGCUCUCAUCGAACGGAUGUAUACUUUUCUCUUGGCUAGACUAUCAAGUGGAUCUUUGACUUAAAGCUAGCUUCAGACUAUAUAUAAUUAAAAUAGUUCAAACGUGCUGAAUAUAGUGCUAGUAGUUCUUCAAGUGCGACAGGAUAAACUUGGCUCUCUUUGCGUGAUAGAAAUCGUCGUGAGUGAUUCCCCGUGUAUAUUUUCGAAAAGAGAUAGCCAUGCCUUACCGAAGAAGUGUUUCUAUACUUUGGGUUCAACGAUUUGCUGUGGUUUCGAUUCUCGUGGUUACUUGGACUCGAAUGGUUGCUAGCAAUCCCACAGGCUUGAGCCGAUUCCAGCAGUUGUUCCGCAACCAAUCGACACCGGUUGAUCUGGACGCAUUUCCUGGUCAGCUCUGUUUGAGACAAUGCGACCAAACUAAACCUCGGGUUUGCUAUUUCAAGUGGACUUUAGAGCACUAUCAUGCUAUGGGACCGGCCUGCAAAAACUGCGCGGAGGGUAACCGCACUGACUGCUAUCGCAGCGCUUGUCUGACAGCGGAUGGUAUAGAGCGGGGCGUCAUGUCAAUUAAUCGGCAGAUUCCCGGUCCGGCCAUUCAGGUGUGUAAAGACGAUCUGAUUGUUAUUGACAUGACCAACGCAAUGGGCGGCACUGCGGCUACUAUGCAUUGGCACGGACUGCACCAACGGGAUACACCCUACAUGGACGGUGUUCCGUUCAUUACCCAGUGCCCAAUUGAUUUCAUGAGCACCUUUCGCUAUGCAUUUUGGGCUACACAACCUGGAACACAGUUCUACCAUUCGCACAGUGGACAUCACAAAGUUAAUGGUCACUAUGGUGCUAUGAUCGUUCGGGAACCAGAAACUAACGAUCCGAAUGCGGUCCUGUACGAUUUUGAUCUACCUGAACACACGAUGGUCGUGUCCGAUUGGAUGCAUUAUGAUGGGGAGAUGUUUAUGCCAGGGCUUCCAUCAGGCGGCGGAAUCUUACCAGUCAAUGUUUUGAUCAAUGGCAAAGGCACUUUUACCAAAGCGAACGGCACCCAGACGAGUGUUCCCCUAGAGGUGUUUCGAGUUCGUAAAGGAGGCCGCUAUCGGUUUCGUUUCAUUAACGCAGCUAGCCACGUGUGUCCACUGGAACUGCAGUUGCUGAAUCACACACUCGAGAUCAUCGCCAGUGAUUCGUACCACCUGCAGCCUUUCACUGUAAACACACUUGUCUCGACAUCCGGAGAGCGAUAUGACUUCGUUGUGCACGCUGACCAACGGAGCGAUGACUACUGGCUUCGCAUAAGAGCGAUCGGACCCUGUGAACCUAGGAAAAUCGAGCAGCUUGCCGUGCUUUCGUACCAGCCACUGUCCGUUCCGGAAGAGGAUAUUGCAUUUCCCAACCAGAAGACUCCCAGUUACGAUGAGAAUCUGUUUGCCAGUCCUAUUUAUGCGAAUCAUCCAAAUACAACCUGUGGCGUUUCACGGCCGGACGUAUGCAUAACAGACUUCAAAGCCCACGAAACAGACGACGACAUUAUCAAUGGAAUCCCCGAUAAACAGUUCUUCCUCGCAUUUGAAAAUUAUCGAUUGGAUUUCAACAUUGCAUUUGCCGAAAACAGUUACGAGCAUUUUAUGAACAUUCAUGACGAUGUUCUCCUUCAAGGCGGUAUCAAUAAUAUUAGCUUUACCUACCCACCAUACUCCCUGUUAACCCAGCCAGAACUAAUUUCUGAAGAUAUGUUCUGUGACGACGAUGUUAAACCUGCACGUUGUGAACGACAACAACAUUGUACCUGUAUUCACAGAUUAAAAAUUCCCCUGGGAUCACUGGUCGAAUUAUACAUCCUGGAUUACACGGCGGAAAUAAACCCACUUAAUCAUCCAUUUCACUUGCAUGGGUACCAGAUGUAUGUAAUGUCAAUGGGUCAAGAUCCUCGGCGCCCCAUUACCUUAGCUCGCGCACAAAGUAUUGCUCGCCAUCAAGCUAUGCACCGGACUCGAGUGGAGACGUUUCCACCGAUAAAAGAUACGGUUUCGAUUCCAAGUAAAGGGUACACCGUAGUACGUUUUCGAGCAGACAAUCCCGGUUUCUGGUUGAUGCACUGUCACUUCGAGUGGCACACGGCCGUCGGAAUGGCUCUAGUAUUGCAGGUCGGAGAACAUCGCGAUUUUGUACGAGCACCGAGCGGGUUUCCAACGUGCAACAAGUAUCAACCCGAUGUGGAUGAGUCACUCUUUGCUCUGUGA